CUCCUGUCCGGGGUCGGCUGAUCUACAACUAAUCAGAGUCCAAUAUGGCGGGGGUUGUUUUGGAAACCCUGAACAUCCGCAAACUAAUUGCCUUCGGCGCUGUAAUGUUUAUCAUUCAAACGUUAUUCUUCCUCAUUGGUGGCCUGGUUUCGCCUUCACCAAAUAGCUCUGAACAAAUUUUGAUGUCUCGAUGUGUGGACCUUUCGAAAGAUCUAUCCAAGUGGCUUUAUGUGAGGCAUUUUGAUCUGAAUUCUUCUGGCACUAAUUGUGCCGAAAUUUUGCCUGAUGGAGAUUUGGAUGAGGUAGCUCCUCCAAAUCUGGAUGGAAAUCAGCUGGUUUUUGUCGCCCAGUUCCCGCAUCCACGCGAUGGCUAUAAACUACGAAUGACCCGUUGGUUUCAGCAAAUUAUUGGAGUGCUCAUGUUGGACAUAAAACACAAAUUUGGCACUCAGACACUCGAAGAUAAUGCGAGAAUUACGUUCGACUUGCGACUUGGCUAUCGCAGUCACAAAGAUACGAAAGGGGCUUGGCAGGAAUUAGCUCGUUCACUGGAAACACGACCGCUUAAAUGUGUGAUUGAUCCAGAGGCCAAAAAGAAAGCGAAUCACUCACAUGCUCUGGAUGACGCUUAUUACUAUGAGUGUGAAAUACUGCCGCUAUUCACUCUCGCUAGUUGUCACUACGACGAGUAUUUACUCAACCUCCGGAUUCCAACAGAUGUUAAUAGCUCCCUGGCUCGUAGUGGGGCGAUGCUUCAGGACGUUUGGAUGGUGGAGAUCCACCAAAAUGGUGGGUUUACCAAGAUAUGGUUCGCCAUGAAGUCCUUCGUCUUUCCGUUCAGUUUGUUGGCACUGUACUUUUUUGUCUCUCGCGUCCGUGAGCUUCAGCGUCCGAUGACAGUACUGGAGAAAACGAUCACAGUUCUGGGCUCUGGUCUCAUCUUUCUUAAUUGCCCCGUUGAAUGGUUCUCAUUGAUAUGGAAUGCUCCGUUUUGGAUUGUCCUGAGUGACGUCCGACAAGGAUUUUUCUUCGCCGUUCUGGUUUGCUUCUGGUUAGUUUUCACGGGAGAACAUAUGAUGGAUGGGAUCCAGUCAGGGGGUCGCGUCUAUUGGCCUCGACUGUUGCUAGUAGCCGGGUCGUGCACAGCGCUGGGCAUAUUUGAACUGGCUGAACGUGGUGUUCAAAUUCGUAACCCCUUUUACAGCAUUUGGUCGCACCCCGCCGCAGCCAAACUUGGUAUUGCCAGUGUGGUCACUGGUGCCGUGUGCGCCUUCUGCUACUUGGCCUAUCUGGCAUUCGUGGUUGCCAGGGUACUGCUACAAAUACUAAGCAAGCGCCGGCUAUUGGUCGAUCUACCGACUGAGCAACGUCACUAUUACACAGGGGUUAUCUAUCGAUUCAGUGCCUUGUUAGGCUACACCCUUGUGUGUGCAGCUCUCACAGUAGCUUUCUUCAUAUUUAGCCGAGUUACCGAAGACCAAUGGAGCUGGGGCGAAAGGUCAAUUGAAUACAGCUCUGCUUUUAUCACGGGUGUAUACGGCAUGUGGAAUGUGUACGUUGUGGCUGUUCUUUGUCUCUAUGCCCCGUCGCACAAGUUUAAAAGUGACUCCGGCAGAGAGCUUUAUGAUCGCCUUGUGAGUACAACUUCGGGAACGUUCGAAGUAGCGCAGCGCUCGCAGGAAUCUUGUGGCCCUACAACAAGCCAAGCCGAAACAAUCCAACUUUGUCCGUUGGACGAAACAUCAAGUUCUCGUAAACCACGUCCGUCUUCAAAGACUGAAUCCAAAGGUCUGACUUUCCUACGCAAGACAGCGUUGGAGUAGGCGUUCUUCCCGGUGCACUCAAACAGUGGUGUUUUCUUCCUCAAUUAAGCAUGCGCAUUUCGUCGGAAUUUUAUUCAUUGAUCUCACUAACUACACCAUUAUUCGGCUUCAUUUUUGCUUGUUUAUAGACAAGUACAGCAGCAUUUUAUGCAUGUGCAUUUAUACAUUUUCUGCAUGAAUACCCCACACCUGUUCCACAUAAUUAACUUUAUUGAUUUGACUCCGGUUUUGCUGUAUUCGUUCUUUACAAUGAGAAUAAGUGGUCAGUCAUUUAAAUGUUCCUUUUGUCACACUUCUGGUCAAUAAACUUACAUUGAGUCGAA